UAGUGCGUAUUCUGUGAUUCUGUGCAAAGGUCUUCUCGCCUCGACGCUGCAGUGCUGGUUGUGUGAACUUCUAGGUCGUUUCAGUUAAGGUUGCACCAACACAUAAAACAGAUGGAAUGUUUUAAGAAUAAUAUAUUCUUGAGAUGGCUACAGUACAUCCUGACAAAUUGUGCAAACAGCUCCAGUUUUCUGUGGCUAGAGGCAUUUCAUGGUUGACCUGCCCGCUGCUGUGCAAAUAGCCUCUGAGCUAAAGUUUGCUACCGUCCUUCACCUUAUCCGCAGCUGACGGACGGACAUACAUAAUUACAAUAAAGCAAAAGGUUUCGAAAGAAUAACUACUGAAAAUGACACGGUAAACUAAAGUAUAGCAUAUGCCGAAUUAAUUAACUAUUUCUACUCGUCGUUUGGUUCGUCAUUAUGUUUCUGCUAUCAAGUGCAACACGUCAGUCCGGAAGAGGGGAAACUUCGCUUCGUUAUCUGCUACAUAGGAUUCGCCUUAAAAUGUCUUCUUCUGCCUCGGGUAAGGCGCUGCGGGUUUUGGUAGACAUGGACGGUGUCCUAGCAGACUUCGAGGGAGGGUUCUUGAGAAAGUACCGGACCAGAUACCCAGAAGAGCCCUUUAUCACCCUGGAUGACAGAAGGGGUUUUUGGGUGUCGACGCAGUAUGGGCGGCUGAGGAGUGACCUUUGUGAAAAAGCCACUAGUAUCUGGGAGUCUAAGGACUUUUUCAUGGAGCUGGACCCUCUACCAGGAGGAGUAGAGGCGAUCAAGGAGAUUGCCAAGAUGGAUAAUACAGAUGUCUUUAUUUGUACAAGCCCAAUCAAACAUUACAAAAACUGCCCGUAUGAGAAGUAUGCCUGGGUGGAGAAGUAUUUGGGCCAUGAGUUUCUUGAGCGGGUGAUCCUGACUAGAGACAAGACAUUAAUCACUGGAGACAUCCUUAUAGACGACAAGCCUGAUAUUCUCGGUGUGGAGCCCAAACCAACGUGGGAACACAUAUUGUUCACUGCCUGUCACAACAAGCAUCUUUCCAUCAGCUCCUCUCAGAGACGAUUGCUGUCUUGGCAUGAUGACUGGAGGUCCAUCCUUAUCAGCAAAAGGCAGUGAAAAGCUCUUUUGCCCAACAACA